AUGGCGCUUCGUUUUGAGAUUCUUGGUAGGUUUAACCGUGCCCGUGCCUCUGAAUUGACACUCCCUCAUUUUGUGUGCCAAACGCCUUUGUUCAUGCCAGUCGGCACGCAAGGAACCAUCAAAGGAUUGACAGCUAGCCAGCUUGAGGAUAUUGGUUGCCAAAUAAUACUUGGAAAUACUUAUCACUUGGCCCUUCGACCUACUUCUGAGCUUCUUCACCAUCUUGGCGGUCUUCACAAUUUUAUGAAUUGGCCGCGGGCUAUGCUUACUGACUCUGGUGGCUUUCAAAUGGUUUCGCUCUUGCAUCUUGCCGAUAUCACUGAAAAAGGUGUCACAUUUCAGUCACCCGUAGAUGGAAAGCCAAUGCUUCUAACACCUGAGGAAUCAAUUCAAAUACAAAAUAGAAUUGGAGCAGAUAUCAUAAUGGCUCUGGAUGAUGUUAUAAAGACCACCAUUACUGGACCAAGAGUUGAGGAGGCUACCUAUCGAACACUUAGAUGGAUAGACAGAUGUAUAGCAGCUCACGAGAGGCCUCAUGAUCAGAACUUAUUUGGUAUUGUGCAAGGUGGUUUAGAUCCUGUGUUGAGGGAUAUUUGUGUUAAAGGUAUGGUGGAGCGCAAUUUGCCUGGCUAUGCUAUUGGCGGUCUUUCAGGCGGCGAAGAUAAAAAUUCAUUUUGGCGAGUUGUUGCUCAGUGCACUGCUGCUUUGCCAGAGGAUAAACCGCGAUAUGUUAUGGGAGUUGGUUAUCCACUUGACAUUGUUAUUUGUAGUGCUUUGGGUGCUGACAUGUAUGACUGCGUUUAUCCUACUCGUACAGCACGCUUUGGCACUGCUCUAGUUCCUGAGGGAGUGUUAAAACUAAAAAACAGAGACAUGGCUGAUGACACCCGCCCAAUUGAUCCUACUUGUCCCUGUAUGGUUUGCAAGAACUACACCAGGGCUUACAUCCAUUGUCUUGUGACAAAAGAUGCCAUGGGGUCUCAACUUCUUUCAUAUCAUAAUUUAUAUUAUAUGAUGCAGCUUAGUAGGGAUCUCCACUCUUCAAUAGUUGAAGAAAGGUUCCCAAAGUUUGUAUGCGACUUUCUGCGACAAAUGUUCCCAAAAGGUAAUGUUCCUGAGUGGGUCUGCAAUGCUAUGGAAGUGGCUGGAAUCGACAUUUCUUCCUGCUGUGCUCCACCGUCAUGCCAAGAAAAUGUGUCACAAUAG